AUGGCUUCUUGCGUCACCGGAACAGAGGCAUCGAUUCGAGCUUUAGCAUGUAGAAACGGAGUCGAAGCUUCUCAUCUAAAGCUAAUCUCAGUCUUCGUCAUCUUCCUCACAAGCGUCCUCGGGAUUUCGGGACCUGUUCUCCUCGCUCGUUACUUCCAUGGAAAACCUCUCUACGAUAAAGCGAUUCUCAUCAUAAAGUGUUUCGCCGCCGGAGUUAUUCUCUCGACGUCGCUAGUCCACGUCUUGCCGGAGGCUUUCGAAUCGCUCGCCGAUUGCCAGGUGUCUUCACGACAUCCUUGGAAAGAUUUUCCGUUCGCCGGUCUGGUGACUAUGAUCGGAGCAAUAACGGCGUUGUUGGUUGAUUUAACGGCGAGCGAACAUAUGGGACACGGUGGUGGUGGAGGGAUGGAGUAUAUGCCGAUGGCGGCGACGGUUGGGGGGUUAGAGAUGAAGGAAGGGAAGUUUGGGGCUGAUUUGGAAAUACAAGAAAGUAAUGAGGAGGAAAUAGUGAAGAUGAAACAAAGAUUAGUUUCACAAGUGCUUGAGAUUGGGAUUAUAUUUCAUUCAGUGAUAAUUGGAGUAACCAUGGGAAUGUCACAAAAUCAGUGUACCAUUAGACCGUUGAUCGCUGCUCUUUCUUUUCACCAGAUUUUCGAAGGUUUGGGUCUUGGUGGUUGCAUCGCUCAGGCAGGAUUUAAGGCAGGAACAGUAGUGUAUAUGUGCUUGAUGUUUGCGAUAACGACGCCUCUCGGGAUAGUACUAGGGAUGAUUAUAUUUGCAGCGACCGGUUAUGAUGAUCAGAACCCGAAUGCGCUGAUAAUAGAAGGAUUAUUAGGCUCACUAUCAUCAGGGAUUCUAAUAUACAUGGCCUUAGUCGACCUAAUUGCAUUGGAUUUCUUCCAUAACAAGAUGUUGACAACGACCGAUGAAUCCGGUUCUCGGCUAAAGAAGUUGUGUUUUGUGGCUUUGGUUUUCGGUUCUGCUUCUAUGUCACUGCUUGCUCUCUGGGCUUGA